GCGUACUUCGUAACUUUACGUGGCAUCCUGUUGCGUGUGGACAAGCAUACGUGUUGUCAAAGCCGGUUAAUAAUUACAAGAUGAACUUUUUACCUAAUUUAUUGGCUAUUUUAGUCUCCCUUAUAUCCCUUAAAUCAAUUGAAUGUUAUUUUGUAAGUAUAGAUGCACAUGCAGAAGAAUGUUUCUUCGACAAAGUGACUUCAGGGACGAAAAUGAGUCUGAUGUUCGAGGUGGCCGAAGGAGGUUUCUUGGAUAUUGAUGUGAAGAUAUAUGGUCCGGAUGGAAAUGUUAUUCAUCAAGGAGACAGAGAAUCCAAUGGCAAAUACACGUUUGCUGCCCAUAUGGACGGGGUGUACAAAUACUGCUUCAGCAACAAGAUGUCAACCAUGACUCCCAAAAUUGUCAUGUUUACAAUGGAUCUGGGGGAAAAACCAAAGGAGAUAGACGCUGGGGACACAGAUGGUGAGGCAAAUCACCAGAAACUAUCAGAGAUGAUCAACGAGUUGUCAACAUCCCUCACUGGUGUCAAGCAUGAACAGGAAUACAUGGAAGUGAGGGAAAGAAUCCACAGAGCAAUUAACGACAACACAAAUUCCCGCGUGGUACUGUGGUCAUUUUUCGAGGCUUUGGUUUUGGUAGCCAUGACUCUAGGACAAGUGUAUUACCUCAAAAGAUUUUUUGAAGUACGACGAGUUGUAUAGGAAGUAGGUUUUAGAUAGAACGUUAACAUUAACAAGUGUCCUUUUAGAACUGCGACGCCAUGUCCACUAGGUGGCUAGGUUGCUUCUUCACAUGUACUUUACCUGGAUAGUUUGAUGCAUAUCUUUUUGAAAAACACAAUUUUAAAAUGUUUUGGAGAAUAUAUUGUUCACAGACUGUAUUUUGCUAGCGCUAAAAAUAUCUAAGCCACCUAAAAUCAACUAUUAAAUACAUAUUUGGUUUCAAUAAAAUGUGAAAAAAAUGCAACAGCUUCCUGGUGAAUUUGUAAUGGAGAAACAUUGAACAUGUGAGGACAACUUAAAUAUUAAAAUACUGGUAGCUGGUAGCUUAUGUUCAAUAGUUGUUCAAAGAAUCUUUCAUGUGUGUUAUAGGAUAUUGAGAAAUUCCAUCACAGUGGUUAUGAAGUAAUAUCUGAAUCUGUACUUGGGGUUUUGCUCCCAAAGGAUCUCAAGGAUGGAAUUUCCUAAUCUUGAACACACUUAUGAACAAAUAUUUUCUCCCAAAUGAAUAUUAAUAUAAAAAUAAAAAUAUUGAGAGGCUAAAAUUUGACAUCAUCAGUUCAUAGAGCAUGUCAGGCUGUUGUCUUCGUUUUGAUGACAGUUGCUCAUGAAAUGCCAUGGAAUAGACAAAUUACAUGACUGCUUUUUUACAUGGAAUAUCUAUCAUAUACACAUGAUACCGAUGUCUUGACUUAGCAGCAACAUUCACCUCAUGAUUUGCACCAGAUUGGAUGUCGCCAUAAACUGACAUACUGGUAUAUUUUGAUUAAAACAAAUUGUUUGUGUUACAAACUUCCAUGGUUUAGUUUAUAAUAUCACUUAGAAGUAUUAAAAUAUCAUCACACAAUUACUGAAAUUUAGUAUUUUAAGAAAUGUGUAUUAGUGCUAGUCAAAGAAAUAAUUUCCUGGAUUUCACAAUCAAUAUAACCCGAGAUUUGUUUAAUUUAUUUGAGGAAAAGUAUGCAUAAAAAAUGAGACACUUUCAAAAUAUUCACUGUUGGGAUAUUUUCAAAAUACAACACUGCAUCAGCGGAUACAUAUGAAUAGAUUUUAUUUAGAGAGGAUUAAGUUUUGUAUGUCUGUGUGAAAUUGACUUAGAAACAAAUGUGUAAGGUUAUCAACUUCGUUUGACAUUUAGUUUUCUGUACAAUUAAUGAUUGCAGAUUCUGAAAAAAAUCCUGUGCACAUAUUUAGUGGCGAUACUCAAUAUUUUGUUAACAACAUUUAGUGAUGUUUCAUUGCCGUUUUUUUGUAGUUUGAAAAACAAAUUUUACACACAUUAUGUUGAGAAAAUGAUGGAUGAAUGAUUUGUGUGUUGUAUGAAAAGACAUGCUUGAAUCAUAUACAUUGUACAUGUACGGUCUUUUUAAUUCUAAUUGAAAGACUGAUUAUAGAUUUCCUAUUUAUCUUAUUUCUAUCUCUUAAUUGUUUGGUGGCUCAGAGGGAUAGGUGAUAAAAUUAUGCUUAUCUUUAAAUAUUUAUAAAGUUAUGCUUAUCUUUAACUAUUGUGUAUCAACUAAUGGUACAGGUGCAGAUUUCAGCUGCGGGUUGUCCCCCCUGAUUACAAUAUUCCCUUCAGUCCUCUUUUGUGAUGCAGCAUAUAUGUUGUUUUUUGUGGUUUAAAGGUGCAAAGAUUUUUUUUAUUAUUAUUCAAUGUAAAAAAUCCCAGACCCCCAUUGUUUGCGUAUUGAUAGCAAGAUUAUAUGGUGUAUGCUUAUUGAUUGGGGAAAAAAAUUAAAGAUAUUUGUGUAAGGUUGGUUUAUUUUCAUAACUUGAGUUUUGCUUGUGUGAUUGGCGAGUGUAUACGUAGGUAAUGGUUCACUUCGAGAUGUUAAUGUAUUCGUUAUUCAGACAUAGGUGAAAAAUGAUAAAUAUCUUUACACCAGACUAGAUAAAUUCUUUAAUGAAACUCGUUUUUCAUGCAUUUGUGUGUUUUGAAAAUUCAUGAAAUUUUGUGAUAUCGAUUUCUUUUCAAAUUGUGAAACAACUAGUUUCAGGUUUGUAUAACAAAAAAUCUUUUUCAAAACCAAGAAUUUACUUCCUUUUGAUUAUAAACAAAACUGUCUUCAACUACCAUAUGUUGGCUCCCGGUCUACUAGCAGGCUCCAAGAGAAUUUUUAUGUGUAAUAAUUUGUCUGUUAACUUAUGAACAUUCACUUGAAAAGUUUUCGAAGUGAUCAUCUAUUUAUUCAUAAAAAUCAGCACUGCCAAUAUUUUUUCAUUUCAACUAUUUAGACGCAUCAAUCUUUAACAACAUUAUUUCAUAUGCGAUACAUCACUGUGAAUGAUGAAAAGUUUUCAGGGUCGAGUACAAGAAAGAGUUAAUUCAUGUGUAUCUACAUGUUCCAACACUGAACGAGUGUAGCAUUAUCUGUCUUUGUCUAAGUUUUUUGCACAUUUUUGAUUCCAUUUAUGUGAAUGUGUUACCUCCAAAGAGUCUAUACAUGUAAUGUGAAAUCUAAAAUAAAAUCACAAUUUCAAAACUAA